AUGGCUUCUGCGUUACACAAACUGAGCUUUACGGCAAUCAGAUACUCACACAGGACUUGUGCACGCCGGAAAGCCUUCUCAUCACUCGACCGAAGCCGCCAAUUCCACCAGUCUCCUAUUGCUCGCGCGAGAAAUAAUGAUGAUGUUGAUGAUAACCAUAAUGAGGGUCCACCACCUGGAUCUCAGAAGGAGGCAUUCCAGUUCAACCUUUCCGACCUCUCCAAAGAGGAACGCGCAGCCUACAAAGCCCUCACUCCCUCGGAGCAAGCAGAAGCUGUAGAAGAAGCUCGCGCAAUCCAUGACCACUAUGCACAACCCCAAAUCAGCUCACAAAUCAACAGCGCCGUCUCCCUAGCCGCAAAUGAGGUUCUCGAUGAAAUGCCUCACAUCGACCCUAAGCCACCACAGAGGAUUGAAGGAUUCAUGGCAAUGGGCGAGGACGAGCCGGAAAUGAUUGGCGAGGAUCCCGAGUUCGAGGGGGAUGAUAUCACGAGUCUAGCGCAUGGGGAGCUGGAGCAGCAUCGAGAGAUGAGACAGUACGCUCGAUUGGCCGUGUGGGAAAUGCCUUUGUUGUACAAGCUAAGGAAACCUUUUGAGCCGCCUACGCUAGAGCGGCCGCUGCGUUUUCGAUCUACGACUUAUUUGGGGGAGUCGCAUCCAGCGGCCAGAAAGAUCGUUUGCGAGUUCACCACGGAAGAUAUUCGACAGGCUGCAGACCUCACGGAGGCUCAGCGCGUCAAGUUGAUUAAAUUGGUGGGCGUGCGCUACAACCCGGAUACUGAUGUGGUGAAGAUGAGCUGCGAAACUCAUAAGACACCAGCUCAGAACAAGAAGUACCUAUCUGAUCUAGUUGAUACUCUUAUCAAGGAGGCACAAGAUGAUAGGGACAUGUUAGAAGACGUGCCAGUGGAUCUACGACAUCACAAGCGGAAACCCGUCUACAACUUUCCCAUGGAGUGGAAGCUAAAUGCUGAGAAGAGGCAGAAGCUGAUUGAGGAUAGGGAGAAGAGAAUGGAGAUUGAGGAGGCCAAAGAUGGUGCAGGACAGAUUGUUGAUGGGAUGAUUGUCGUCGAGCAGGCACUACAGAUACCAGUGGGGAGGGUGCGGAGUGCUUUACCUCUUGAGCAGGCAAGAAAUUUGGACAGAGUUGCAAGGAGUCCUAGGAUAAGAUAA